CGUUUUUGUCGGGCGUGCCGAACUGUCGUCUUCUGUCAGUGUAUCGCAUGUUAUUUAACCGUUAAUUUCUCAGUUCGUACAUAUUUUGGAACGCGAAUAAAGAUUAGGCCAAAAGCCAAAUGCAAAUAAUAAAUAUAUUAGAAAAAGAGUAAAACUAAACAAUAUACAGUUCCACAUUGUGCAUCUCCCAGUAAAAAGUGUUUAUUAACAGAUAAUUUGAAAUAGAGAUGGCAACAGUUUGCCAGCCCAAUUACACAGAACGCUUUCAAUCUAAUAAUGAGAAUGAGUAUGAGAAUAGUAACAUUGCCAGCAGCAGCACCACCACCCACACAUCCCAUGAGCAGUCGCUGGUGACCACCAAGGCCACCGUGACCAGUGCGUUCUUCUUCAGCAGCAGCACCAACUACCAGAGCUGGGUGCAGCAGCUGAUCAGCUUCAGCUUCACCUCCUCGUUCCAUCUGCUCUUCAUCACGUGCAUUUUGAGCAUCAGCAAAUUCUGCAAUGCCGCCGCAGUAAAUGCCGCCCAGGUAACGGCCUCCACGCCCAGUCCCAGCGAGAUUAUGCAAAAUCUAAGUGGGUCGGCGCUCCUGGAGAAGAUUAAGGCCAGCACUUUGGGGACGCCAUUGGAUCGACUAAAACACCUGGCCCCAGCGGCAGCCAACAGUCUGAGUCCCGGCAUUGGAGUGACCAAUUUUGGGCACUCUAUCAAUUCGGUGCUUAAUGGAAAUCCAUUCAAGUUUCUGAAUGUUUCCGGCAAGAUUGGAACACCAUUCGAUAUAACUCAAAGCAUCCCCAACUACUGCGAGGAGAAGCAAUUCCAAUGCGCCAGUGGCGCCUGUAUACCCAUCAGAUUUGUAUGCGAUGGCGAGUCAGACUGUCCGGACCACAGCGAUGAGCGACUGGAGCGCUGCAAGUUCAGAGAAUCAACUUGCAACGCGGACCAAUUCCGCUGCGGCAAUGGCAACUGUAUUCCACAGAAAUGGGUCUGCGAUCAUGAGGCUGACUGUACCGAUGGUACCGAUGAGUUUCUACCACUUUGCACGCGAAAGACUUGCUCACCGGAGCAGUUUCAGUGCAAAUCUGGCGAGGGUUUGUGCAUACCCCUGUCAUGGAUGUGUGAUCAGAACAAGGAUUGCGACGAUGGCAGCGAUGAGGCGCAGUGCAAUGCCACCUGCCGCUCGGAUGAGUUCACCUGCGCCGGUGGCGACUGCAUUCAGAGCCGCUGGAAAUGCGACGGUGAUCACGACUGCAUGGACGGCUCCGAUGAGCUCAACUGCCCCGCCAAAGGCAAGUGCCCCGAGGAGGCGUUCACCUGCGAUAGCGGUGAUUGCAUCAGCAAGCGUUGGGUGUGUGACGGCGACUAUGACUGCAAGGAUCACAGCGAUGAGAAGCAAAACUGCAGCAUUGAUCCAGGACUCUUGAUGGGUUUCUGCCAACCGCACGAGUUCUCGUGCAAGGAUCGCAUCACCUGCCUGCACCGCACCUGGGUGUGCGACGGGGAUGUCGACUGUCCCGGCGGCGAUGACGAAGAUCCAGUCAACUGCCAGAACGUGACCUGCAGGCCGGAUCAGUUCCAAUGCGGUGAUCACAGCUGCAUCGCCGGACACCUCAACUGCAAUGGACAGAGAGACUGCGCGGAUGGCAGCGACGAGCGGAACUGCAGCAUGGGCACACCCUCGAGGGAGUGCAAUGCCACCAGCGAAUUCAACUGCGGUGGAGGACAGUGCAUAGCACUGGACAAAGUGUGUGAUAGGCGCAAGGACUGCCCCGAUGGCGAAGACGAGCCGGCAGGCAAGUGUGGCGUGAAUGAGUGUGCCGCCAAGAAUGGCGGGUGCAUGCACCAGUGUGUCGAUCUGGUGGUGGGCUACAAGUGCGAGUGCCGAAAGGGAUACAAAUUGUCCGGGGAUAAGCGCAGCUGUGUGGACAUUAACGAAUGCGAGAACCCGGGCGUGUGCUCCCAGUUGUGCAGCAACGAGAUUGGGGGAUUCAAGUGCGAAUGCGAGGCGGGAUACAUGCGGGACCCGCACAAUCACACUCGUUGCAAGGCGGGCGAGGGACAUGCGUCCCUGCUUCUGGCGAGACGUCACGAUAUACGGAAGAUCGCCCUCGAUCACAUGGAAAUGACGUCGAUCGUAAAUAGCACAAAGUCGGCGACGGCACUUGACUUUGUGUUCCGCACGGGAAUGAUCUUCUGGAGCGACGUGACGACGCAGAGCAUCUACAAGGCGCCCAUUGACGAGGGAAACGAGAAGACGGUGGUGCUGAAACAGUCGUCAGUGACAUCGGAUGGACUGGCAGUGGACUGGAUCUACAACCACGUGUACUACACGGACACGCACAAGUGCACCAUCGAGCUGACCAAUUUUGAUGGCAACAUGGGCAAGGUGCUCAUUGAGGAUGCGCUGGACAUACCGCGCUCCAUCGCCCUCGAUCCCAUCGAGGGCUGGAUGUACUGGUCCGACUGGGGCGCCUCCCCGCGCAUCGAGCGCGCCGGCAUGGAUGGCAGCCACCGCACCACCAUAAUCAGCUACGAUGUCAAGUGGCCCAACGGCAUCACCCUGGACCUGGUGCGCAAACGCAUCUACUGGGUGGAUGGCAAGCUGAAUGUCAUCUCUUCGGCCAACUACGAUGGCUCCCAACGGCGCCAGAUUCUCUACUCCACCGAGUACCUGCGGCAUCCCUUCUCCAUCACCACAUUCGAGGACUACAUAUACUGGAGCGACUGGGACAAGCAGACCGUCUUCAAGGCUAAUAAGUUCACGGGCGAGGGCGUGGAACCCAUCACAGCUGUACACAUGCUUCAGAAUCCCAUGGUGAUCCAUGUGUAUCAUCCGUACCGACAGCCCGAUGGCAUCAAUCACUGCCAGUCCGUGAAUGGCCACUGCUCCCAUCUCUGCCUGCCCGCACCGAGGAUCAACGAGCGCAGUCCGCGAAUCUCUUGCGCCUGUCCCACGGGUCUCAGGCUGAUGGCCGAUGGUCUCAUGUGCGUCGAAGAUCUGCGUGUGAAAAGUGUGCGUCCCACUGGACGCAGCAGGACGAAAAACGUUUCCGCUGCAACCACAACGAAACAGCCUCAAGAAGUGCACGCGAUAGUGCCGGUUGAAAAGAAAUCAAAUGACAACAGUUCCACACACACAAUUCAUAGGAUUGAUGCACCAGCAGAGCAGGAUCAUGGCCGAAUUGCCUGGAUUGUAAUAGGCAGUUUAAUGGGCACCACUGUGGUGGCUUAUCUCAUCCUCCUCACAUACAGACGUUGCACCCGUGCUGUCAACUCUAUGAACUUUGAGAAUCCCGUGUAUCACAAGACUCCCGAGGAUCACUUUAGUUUGGAGAAGAAUGUAGCGCCGCACAUGUAUGCCACAGCCAUGGUUGAGGAGUCUGAAAAUCCUCUGUGUGAACGUGGCACCGAAUGUGUCUAGGGCAGCCCCGGCAAAAAUAUCCACUUAAAUGCAUAUCCAAAAAUUUGAAAUACUGGCCGUGUAGCCCAAGGAGAGGACCCCAAAGAACAACAUCUCCUCCAAUUAGUAAUUCCCUUAGAUUAAGGUCCCACUCAACACAACUCAGCGCAACUCAACGAAAACGGAUAAUAAAAAUUGAAUAGGAAAAUGCUAAUGGCGAAGCAUCAAUAAGAGGAAACUUUCAGUUAGAAAUAGGAAAAACGAGUAGGAACGUUUGUGAGGCGCUUCGCAUGCGUCACAACUUUUAUACCCGGUACUCAGGCAGUAUAUGUAUCUGUACCUAAGUGGUUUUUUUUUCUUCGAAUUAUACAUUUUUACAUCUUCAUCAUUUUUACAUCAUUUUUUGUACAUCUGUCAUCGACAUCUACUUCACUCCACCAGCCAAAACGCCAUUUUAGCUCGCCACCAUCGAACAGGGACGCACACUGCAUAUGGCAGAGUGUGCGAGCGAGAAAGAAUGACAACAAUAAGCAUGCAUAGGCAAAGCUACUGGACGGGGUGGAGGUAGCCACUGCAAAUUAAGGUCUUCAUAAUUUAUAAAUUCGCCAUUCCCUACCGAAUUGCAUUUUUAGUUUUCUCUUAUCUUCAAAAUCAUGAAAUACACUUGAAACAGUGUGACAUCCUAGCCUUCUGAAUGCAACAUUUGGUGGCUCCAGCUUUUAUAGUCUCUGAUAUUCAGUCGCUUAUCAAGACGGACUGACAGACGGGCAUGGUUUUAUCGACUCGGCGAUUGAUGAUGAUCAAGAAUAUAUGUAUGUACUUUUUGGGGUCGGAAACGUUUCCUUCUGUGAGUUACAGACAUCCACUUUUCACUACAAAUACAAAAUGCCCUAUUUCCUCUUUGAGUACCGGGUAUAAAAAAGAAUGCCAAAAAGGAAAGAAAAAAAGAAAAGACAGAGGGACAUCAGCAGUAAACGGGCAAAAUGAAAAUACUCAACAAAUUCAAUUUGUUGCCUAGCUUCAAAUUUAAUUUAAAUUUAACGAAUACUAACGCCGACACACACGAACACAUUCUCACAGAUACAUGCAUGCAUAUACUCCCGCACACACAUUGCACGCACACAUAAACUAAAACAAAAAAAAAAAAAACACAAAACUUUUUCUAGGCUACACGUUUUGACAUCGACUAACGGCGUUCACACACAUACACUCUUACAUGUCAACACAUACACUCUCCCACAUACAAAAGCCCACACAAAAGGAGAGACGAGUGCCACGAAGCCAUUCGGGGACAGUAACUCCAACCUCCAACUUUCCCUUCAAGUUCAUGAAAUCAAUUGUAUAAAGUUAACGAAAAGUUGAAGUUUGAUCAAGAAAGAAACAUUUUGUGAAAUUCGAAAAAAACGAAAAGAAAAACCUAAAAGCACAAAAGAAAAUCUUUUUAUAGCCAUAACAAUUAUUGUGACUAGCUAUAAUAAUUUUGUUGUUUUUGCAACAAAACCUAAAUCAAU